GUCUUCAGCUCCGCUUCUCUCAAUACCUCGAAUACAAUCAAUCCUCCCCGACUCCCCCGAGCGGAUAACCAGGUUCAGCCCUUUCCCCCAAAGUCUACCUUAUCUGAGACGUUUACUCGUUCCAGAUAUACCGGGCUGGUCUCUAUUCUCUUUCCUCCUACCGAUCAUCCUCGUUCCAUCCUCUCACAACCGAAAACCCCCGUUGACCGGCAUCGCGUGACGACACCUUCUAUAAUCUAACUCUUCUAUCCUUCAAAAAUGGCCGACCUCACAUCAUCUCUGUCCAUGCUGACGGACAAUCCCGCGAUGGCGAUUCUGAACGAUGUAUACACGUCGUUCUCCGAGCGCCGGGCAUUGCUCAACCUGCCGAACCCCGGUACCGUGGAUAACAUCGCGCGCGAGGUGCAGAAGGAGGUUCUACUGUCCAACUUCAUGUUCUCCGGUCUCCGUGCCGACUUGACCAAGGUCUUUGGCAUGUCUCCUCUGUUCCGAGUUUCCCAUGCCUUCUCAAUGGGCUCCUCGGGCAACCUGCCCCCAUAUGCCUUCUCCUCCAUGUACGGCAGCCCCAAGGUCUUCAUGCAAGGCAACCUCGGAAGUGACGGUACCCUCUCCGCUGUGUACAACUGGCGCUGGACCCCGGCCCUCGUCACCAAGACCAACGCCCAGAUCAUGCCCGGUGCCACCCAGGGUCUGAUGCAGAUUGACAACGACUACACCGGCAAGGACUUCUCCGCAUCUCUCAAGGCCUUCAACCCGUCCUUCCUCGAGGGCGGCCUCACCGGUAUCUUCGUUGGUAGCUACCUCCAGUCCGUCACCCCCGGUCUGGCCCUCGGUUUCGAGGCUAUCUGGCAGCGCCAGGGUCUGAACACUCGCCCCGAGACCGCUCUGUCCUACUGCGCCAAGUACAAGGGAGAUGACUGGAUCGGAACUGCUCAGCUCCAGGCUCAGGGCACCUUUGCCGCUACCUACUGGCGCAAGCUGUCCGAGCGUGUCGAGGCCGGUGUUGACAUGAACCUCCAGUUCGCUCCCAACGCUGCUGCUAUGAUGAUGGGUGGUCCCAGCCGUGAGGGUACCACUGCCAUUGGUGCCAAGUACGAUUUCCGUGCUUCUUCCUUCCGCGCCCAGGUUGACAGCGCCGGUAAGGUCAGCUGUCUGUUGGAGAAGCGCAUUGCCAUGCCCAUCUCUCUGACCUUUGCUGGUGAGAUUGACCAGGCCAAGCAAACGGCCAAGAUCGGCCUCGCUGUCUCUCUCGAGAUCGCCGGUGAGGAGCUCAUGGAGCAGCAGGAGAAGGCCGAUCCCAACAUGGUUCCUCCUCCCUUCUAAACUCCCUAAAUUCUCCGUCCUUUUUCCGUUCGAGAUUCCCUCCUCCUCAAAAUCCUCCCGAGGUCCGGGUGCAUCCACCUGAUCAGUGCCUCUCGAGUUAAUCAUCUUCGACCUCUCUGUUUUAUUAGUUCUUCUCUCACCCUUUCCCCCCAAUGUCUGGAUUGACAUGGCACGUCAAUUCCAUCUCCCUCGGUAUAUCUCCCUGAAUCCGGGUUGCUGGAGUAGGCGGCAUUUGUUUGGCGCCAUGGAGAGUCCCGCAUGACCUGUAUAGAUUCACGUCGCUUUUUUUUGCCUGGUUUUCUUUUUCUCUACUGUCUCUUUUUUCCCCUUCUCCCUCUGAUCGUAUUCCUCUUUGAUCUCCGUCUCCGCCAAUAUCUGAUGCCUGCAUUUCUCCGGCUUUAUGUCUUGGUCCGUGGUCUUGUGUGUCUUGUUUCUCGUAUGACUGCUCGGGGUAUUUUUUUGUCGUUAUGUUUUCAUCUUCCCUUUUCUUCAUUCGAGGCUGUGGUAUUCGAGUGUGGGCUGUGGGAUUGCGAGAGGUUUUUUGUGAGGUUGGAGGGCGGGAGGUGCAUGGGUUGCGUCCGGAGAGAUCUCUGGUUAUGUUUCGCAUCAUAGACGGACCAAUGUAAAACAGUCUUUGAAUCUUAAUUGCAGCGCUUUGCAUGUAUGUCUUGUGUCUUGUUGAGUAUGAAGGUAUGCCGGUAUGCCGGUAUGCCGGUAGAGUAGUUAACAUCUAUCUGUUGGGGCUUGAUGCGUGG